CCUGAUUCUGUCAAGGCCAUACAAAAGCCCGCUGUCGGUCGCUCGUCUCAGCGGGCAAGCUACUUGACGCAUCGUGACGUGGGCUAGCAUCUUACCACAUGGAUCAUGCGCGUUCUCGGCUUGAUUACGCUCUUUCUGAUCACCGUGUAUGCUGGGACAUACACAGUAGACCACGGAUUCUCCGACGUCCAGACUCUAACCGACCACGUCCGCGAUGUGAACUCCAAACUUGAUAGAUUCAAUGGCGGUCUCCUACAAGGACUGGAUCUGGUGAACACCAUACACAAGGCGCAUAAUCACGCUUCAACUACCCGCAGAAGCAUCAAAGCUCUGGGCAACUUCACCGCCGACGACAGCGAUAGAGGAUUUCCCCAUGUCCAAGAUCUAAUUCAAAUGAUGGCGGUAACAUUUGAAACGAGUCAGGCCAAGAGGGAGGUUACCCACAAGGGAGCGUUUUCCUACAUCGCGCAGGGCAUGGCGUUGAGCAUGUACCAGGAGAAGAAUCGACUUGAGGAGGUUCUGAGGAGCAAGGCGCCCGAUGAGUACUACCAGAAGUGCGCGUCUGACUUGGAAAAGUUGGACAACGCAUGGCAGGAAUACUUUCAAGACUUAGGAGACUAAGCAGAGACUGGGCUGAACAAAACACGGCUACGCUCAGUAUUUUGUGCAAAUGAUAGCGUUUGGAUUAAUCGGAGCUAAAAUGAUGAGGUUUGGGAUGUAAUGUGCUCUGUCUGUAACAUCCCUCGCAUAGUGAGACGCAUGAGACCAGUGAUAUGCCGCAAUGCAUUAGAG